AUGGUCAAUCCGGGCAUUGUGUUCCUCUUGAUCAGCAUUGGGCUCCUGACGACGGCCAUCAUCGUCCACGUCUCGAGCACCAACCUUGUCCUCCCCAUCUCUCCCUUCAUGUCUCUUCUUCCUAUCCUGCUGCCUAUUCUCGGCACUAUCAACGCCUUCUACUACCCACGCCUGCUCUUCAACGCCAGCCAAUCCUCAGCCCGUGCUGAACAGCUCUUCCCAACCAUUAUUCAGAGUCUGCAGGGCAUUCUGACCACCGCCCUCGCCGUUCUCUUUCUGCAGUCCGCCCUCCCCGGCGAUGGCCAGAACUGCGGUCUAUCCACCAGCUGGCAGCGCAUGUUUGCCAGCAAGGAUGAGUCCUCUAUCCGACGUAUCCAGGACCAGCUCGACUGCUGUGGACUAAACAGCGUCAAGGAUCGUGCCUGGCCAUUCACCGGCAACGUACAAUGCGCCGAGAUGUUCAGCCGCGACACGGCAUGCCUUGGUCCGUGGCGGCAAGCGACCGUUACGAACUCGUCCAUCGACCUGGGCAUCGUCCUGGCUGUCGGUCUUUUGCAGGUCCUCACUCUGCUCUUCACGCAGAGCGCCAGCAACUGGAGACACGCGUGGUGGGCGCAGGGCUGGAGCCAUCUGUCUGAACGUCCCAUCGAGGAGCGCGAGCGCACCCGACCUCUCCUCGUCGCUUCUGCAGCAGCCGCCGUCGCCAACACCGCCGCAAACGAUAGCGGUGAUGAGUCGGACGUGCCAGUGUCCUACCGCGACCUCAGCCCGCGGUACGGCACCACCGGUGAGGGCCAUCGAGGCCGAACACGCGCCAGCUCCGGUCGUCUUGAGCCCUCGUCACUGAGGAAUGUUUGGGACGGCGACUAA